AUGCCACCAUGCAGCACUACGGGGUGAAUGGCUACUCACUACAUGCCAUGAACUCACUCAGCGCCAUGUAUAACCUGCACCAGCAGGCAGCCCAGCAGGCCCAGCAUGCCCCCGACUACCGGCCAUCAGUGCAUGCACUUACACUGGCAGAGCGCCUAGCUGACAUCAUUUUGGAGGCCCGCUAUGGCUCCCAGCACCGCAAACAACGUCGCAGCCGCACAGCAUUCACGGCCCAGCAGCUCGAGGCCCUGGAAAAGACCUUCCAGAAGACUCACUACCCAGAUGUGGUGAUGCGUGAGAGGCUGGCAAUGUGUACCAAUCUGCCUGAGGCCCGGGUGCAGGUAUGGUUCAAGAACCGCAGGGCCAAGUUCCGAAAGAAACAACGCAGCCUGCAGAAAGAACAGCUUCAAAAGCAGAAGGAGACUGAGGGAUCCCUUGGAGAAGGCAAGAUGGAGGCCCCAGCCCCAGAUACCCAGCUGGAGGCAGAACAGCCCCCAAGUCUGCCCAGUGGUGAUCCCCCUGCUGAGCUUCAACUGAGCCUGUCUGAGCAGUCAGCCAGUGAGUCAGCUCCUGAAGAUCAGCCCGACCGAGAGGAGGACUCCCGGUCUGGGACUGAGGAUCCCAAGGCUGAGAAGAGCCCUGGGUCUGAGAACAAGGGUCUGGGCUGCAAGAGGGGCAGCCCCAAGGCAGAUUCCCCAGGCAGCCUGGCCAUAACGCCUGCGGCCCCAGGGGGCAGCCUCCUGGGCCCGUCCCACUCCUACUCCUCAUCCCCGCUCAGCCUGUUCCGGCUGCAGGAGCAGUUUCGCCAGCACAUGGCAGCCACCAACAACCUGGUGCACUACUCGUCUUUUGAAGUGGGAGGCCCGGCUCCCGCUGCAGCUGCAGCAGCUGCUGCUGCAGUGCCCUACCUGGGUGUCAACAUGGCCCCACUGAGCUCACUGCACUGCCAGUCCUACUACCAAUCCCUGUCAGCAGCUGCUGCUGCCCAUCAGGGUGUGUGGGGGUCACCACUGCUGCCUGCACCCCCCGCAGGCCUGGCACCUGCCUCAGCUGCCCUGAACAGUAAAACCACAAGCAUCGAGAACCUGCGGCUCCGGGCCAAGCAGCAUGCAGCCUCCCUGGGACUCGAUACCCUCCCUAACUGACUGGUCUCCAAUCCAACCAUGGCCUUGGGUGUCCCCCCUACUAGCCCCCUGGUUAUUCCUAGAAGGUUCUCUGAGUGUUAACUUGGGAGCCCAGGGAUGCUGGGUCCUGGAGUCUUCUCCUUGUCUCCCUUCUUCAGAUUCCCAACCCUAGGUGAAACCCAAAUACCUUUUGCAUGCCCCCUUCCCGGCUUGGACCCCAUGUGGGCUGAAUGGGGAGGAGGCGAGCAGCUGG